AUGUCUUUGAAUCAGCUAAGUCCAAUUGCUCAGGCUGAACUUGAGACUGGAACCACUACUAGGCCACCAAAGUUGAAAGGAGCUGAAGAUUUCAGUACAUGGAAGACUCGCAUCCAGUCAUUCUUCGAAUAUACAGACUACAAUCUGUGGCUCUCAGUUACUGCUGGACCCCACAUUCCAACGGUGGUUCGAGGAGAUGCGGUAGUCGCCAACAAUGGCGCUACAACCUUCACUAACGAAGACAAGGCUCUAAUUCAACGCGAUCGCCGUGCUCAUGCCGCUUUAACCAUGGCACUGUCAACUGAUGACUGCAACAUGGUAGAAAAUGUUAUGUUCAAGAUUGCCAAAGCCAGGGAGCGUAGGAGGCAGGAUCUAGGGAUAGUAAAGUUUAUAAAGGGAGAGGAUGGAAGUGUUUUAUUCAAUGAACAUGACAUUAAACUGAGAUGGAAAACUUACUUCCACUAUCUUUUCAACAAUGGGAGGGAUUACCAACAAGUAAAUGGCAACUCUACUACUCAAAGACGACAACGGAAUAACUGCUACUGUCGAUGUAUCUCGGAGGGAGAGGUGAAAAUAGCACCUAGAAAGAUGGGAAGGGCUAAGGCAGUUGGACCGGACAACAUACCGAUUGAGGUGUGGAAGUGUUUAGAAAAUGAAGGAGUCCAAUGGCUAACUAAUUUGUUCAACCUUAUUUUCAAAUCUGGAAGAAUGCCCGAUCAAUGGAGAAGUAGUGUCGUAGUGCCUUUAUAA